AUGACCAGCACAGGCGAGACGAGCAAGAAGCGCCAUUCCUUCUCCUUGCUCUCCUCCUUCAGAGAUCCUGCAACGACGGCCAGGCCAGACGUCAACGAGACAGAACCGGCCCACGGCCGCUUCAUCCCAGAGAGUAAGCGUGGCUGGAAGUACGAUCCUCCUUACAGUCAGGCAUCCUCAUCGUCCUUAGCUCCACCGUCAGAUGCGGCAAAAGCGCGGCGUAGCCAUGAAAUCGCAUCGCAAUCACGCCCGAGACCCAACACGACCGGCUCUCGUUCACAUCAGCCAGAAUUUCAUCACAAUGCAUCGACCUUUCCGUCUGCUGACGCAUCUCGCACACUCGUCUCAGCACCCGUAUCGCCCAAGCGAAAGUCGAUCGUUCUCAAUGGCACAGCUCUUGAACUGAGCUCUUCUGAGUCAUCUUCCUCGGAUGACGAACCAGAACCGACCCCACCCUAUCUGCAGCGAUAUGACCCACUCGGCGAUGCUGCGCUCUCAACUCGGGUCGACAAUGCAGGCAAGGACGCUCAACGUCAUCCAGACGAUCUUGUCUAUCCAGAAUCAUACCCGUGGAAGCCAUCCAGCAAGAAUCCGAAAACCAAGUAUAUCCAUCCAGCCCAUCGCAAUGCGACUGCCAAGCAGGCCUUCUACGACACCCAUUUCGGCUCCUCAUCCAAUUAUCGUGGCUUGCUCCCUGCUUCCGGCUCGCUCUUGAAUCUAAGCGCAGCCAGGCUCGAAGCACGACGCAGGUCAUCCACAGAAAAGAACGACCUGCCCAAGAGCUCCGCCGCCGCGAAAAUUACGGAAGGCGAUGCCCAGUCCGGCUCUCUCAUUUCCACCGUCAAGAAGCCGUUCGCCACCGCUUCAAAGCUCAUCACCAAAGCACGCCGAAAGAGCGUAGGUGCUGCUUCCGCAUUUGCAGACGGCAAUGCACAAGCCAACGGUGCACAGCAGUCUCAAGGCGAGGUUCCACAACGUCCCCAUCCAGUUCCUCUGUACAAGGGUGCCGCAGACGGCCUCGCCGCACAGCGAUCCGGCUUCAGCUACGGCCUUUCCAUGGAAGAUGCCGCUCAGGUCGAGGCAGUCGUGUCACGUCAUGCCUCUCGCGAGGAUGUCACCACUCCAGUCCGGCUCGACGACCAAUUCCAGCCACCUGCUUCUCAAGAAGCCACUUCCUCGCGCUGGAGGGAAGCCAUGCAUAGCGCUUGGGGAUUUCUGCCGAGUUUUGACUUCUUCGCCACUUCUGCAGGCCCGACUGAUGAUGGCAAGGAGGUAGCGGCCAAUCCUUCUGGCAACAUGCUCGAGCCUGAAGCCAUCCCAACUGUGAAGAAGGACGCUGGCAGUCCCGACUACUUCAAAAAUCUCUCAGGCAAUGUGGUCAUCAUGGGAGGAUACAGAGGAAGCGUGCUGCGAGAUGCCGAGACGUCAAUGAUGAUGUGGAUCCCCAUCAAAGUCGGUGUGGGCCUUCGUCGACCCACUCUCGAGCUGGGAUUGUCGACAAGCGCCGAGGAAAAGUCGGAGGAGCUCGUCUAUUCGUCCGAGAUGUGCACAUCCAUCGGCAAGCUCGUCGAUAUGGGCAAGCGUCUGGAGGAGCGAAUAGCGAGUCGCAGGCACGCCAAAGUAUACGCUUGGGGCUACGACUGGCGCCUCUCCCUUGCGCGCUCGUCGAGAAAGCUCAUCAAGUUCCUCGAAGAGCUCUACGACGCUUCCGCAGAUUCUUCUACGGGGAGCGGUAAACGAGGCGCCAAGGUGGUGGCACAUUCCAUGGGAGGACUCGUAGCGCUGCACGCUCUCGCCACGUGCAGCAAUCCGCGCAUCUUUGAAGGCCUCGUAUUUGCAUCUACGCCUUUCCGCGGCACGCCCAACAUCCUCGGACCUUUCCGCUUUGGCGAUGCUGCUCUCUUCAACGACACCAUCUGCUCCCCUCGAGCCACUUUUAGCUUCAGAAGCAGCUUCUACCUGCUCCCUCCGGACGGCAGGUGCUUUGAGGUUCCCGUAGGUGAUCCUGACCAAGAUGAGGAAGAUCUCACCGAGCAGCAAAAGAAGGAUCGAUUCAAGAAUGUCGACUUUCUCGAUCCGAACGUUUGGAACGAGCUCGGCUUGAGUCCAUGCUUGGAGGUCGGAAGGAGGCAGCAAAUGGUUGCUUUGGCGCGCAAGACUGGUGCAGCGCAAGAGAAGGACAAAGCUGCACUCGUCAAUUCGGGUGCGGACUUUGGUCCAGGGAAAAGAACUUCUGAGGUGGUGCAGAGGAGCGGAUCGGUCAAUGACGCAUCGUCGGAGCUGGAUGUGGCGAGUCCGCAGGGCGAAGAAAAGGGCAAGCCGAACGGUCUUAGCAUGGGCGUGAUGGAAGGCUUGACCGAUGGCGCCACUUCUGGUCAGGACGAUGCUUCUGCGGAAUUUCCUGUCGACGCAGAGGAGCAAGAAGCGCUUCAACCGGAGAAUCGCGAGGGCGCCGAACGAAAUCAACCUGCGUCGGACAGCACUUCCGACGAGAUCGACUUUGACAAGCUCGACUAUGCUACUCAAAGCUGGCUCUACCUCGAACGGACGCUGGGAGAGGUACGCCAAUUCUGGGCUGACAUUGAGCAAGGAUUCGACGAAUCCAAGUUGCGAGACGGCAGCUAUCCACCACUCAUGAUCAUGACGUCCGGACGUACGCCAUGUGUGCGAGGUGCACUUGUCGGUGUGGAUGCUGCCUCCCACCAAGUCGAUCCCGACUCGACUUCCACCGACAUCGCGGCGACUGGCACAAGAGGCUGGAAAGACGACGUCAGAGCAGGCGACUAUUCACGCAUGACCUACGGGGCAGGCGAUGGUGUCAUCACCCGUCGCUCAGCAACUUCCCUCCCCGGUCGAUGGUCUUCGCUUCUCGUCAAACGCGAAGAAGCAGAAUCCUUACCUUCCGAGUUGCACGGAGUUGGGCCACCGUUCAAAAAGAAAGGUCCCGGAAAAGGGAGGCUCAAACUUGACAGAUACCAGAUGCGGUUCGACGGGCAGGGUGUGGUCGAAAGCUCCCACCGCCACGUCACGCUGUUCAGCGAUGUCGAUGGCAUCGGCAAGUGUCUGGAAGCUGUGAGGAGGGCUAAUUUGGUGAGAGGCAGGCUGGGAAGCGAAGCUCGAAAAGAGGGCGGAUCGUAG